AGAGCUCCGAGUGAGAUGCCAAUCUCCAAGGGCAGAGCUAUGCCAUUAAAUCUUGCUGAAUACUUAAACGCCUCGGUCAACGCUCCGAUCCCGAGUCUUCCGGCCACCGCAGACGGCGAAGAUCCGAGAAUCUUCUCCGGCUCAGACUGCCAUGGCCUCUGGUACUCCGCCGUCCUCGUCGUCCCUUCCCUCCUUUUCCUGCUCUACUUGGCCUUCCACGCCAAGAAGAACCUCAAGAAGCUCUCCAAUGGCGGCUCGUACAUCAUGAUUUCCUAUUAUGCCCUCGUCUGGGUCGCCGGCCUCCUCAACCUCGCCUGGUGCGCUCUCCAGGGUUGGCAAUGCUCUGGUGGAAAGGCGGUGGCUUGGAACGUGUUGAGUUUGUUCACGGCUUCGGCGAUCAUGUGUUUGGAGAUUAGUCUGGUGGCUUUUUUGCUCCAGGACAAUUAUAGAGGUGGAGUUGAAGGUUUGGCUCAGACUUUCCUUAUCUCUGGGAUUGCUGUGAGUGUGGAUUUACUGCUCAAGGCAAUCUAUGUAUUUGGAUUUGGGGUCCCUCUCUUCAUGGCUGGUAUUGGAAGCACAAGUGGAGUGAUGUGGGGUCUAUGGUUCUUCCACAAGUUGAUGCUUACCGCUGUCUAUGGCUUCAUAUUGUUUGUACAUUUCUCCAAAUGGAGAGAAAAGCUUCCGCCCAGACCAGCGUUCUACAACUACAUAGUCAUAAUGUUUGCAUUUGGUGUCGUGACAUUGUUGGCUUGUGGGCUUGCUGGAAUCGGGGCUGGUUUUGGCAUUUGGUUGUACAAUUUGACAGAUGUAUGCUAUCACAGUCUCUAUCUCCCUUUUCUCUAUGUUACCUUUCUGGCAGAUUUUUUCCAGGAAGAAGAAUUUCUUUUGGAUAACGCAUAUUACUCUGAGAUGAAGGAUGCUGGGUUCUUUGAUGCUGAUUGGGAUUAGUCCUUUGGUAAAUUUUUAGCCUUUGGCCCUCUUUGUAAACCUUGUAAAUAAAAUACCAAGUGAAAAUCGAGGCUGAUAAAGCACAUUAAAUUGAAACCGUAUCACUCUUCGGGCGAUAAUUGUAUAUGCAACUUUGUGCAAGUCAGUGAGAGAAAAUGUUAUUUCAUAGCC